AUGGAAUUGAAUGAAACAAGUAAUGAUCGGACCAUUGAUAGCUCAUUGAACUUAUUGAUAAGACAUCCUAAUGAAUAUUCGACUUUUCAAGGAAUCUCUUCUAAGAUCUUGUCUGACGAAGGUCAAUCAUCGUUGAAAAAUGAUGAGCUUAACAACUUUUUGGAUUUGAACAAAGAAGUCAUCAUCAAUCCUCUUAUUUUCAAAGCACAAGACUUUCACAAAAUAUUAGAUGUCAAUCUUAAAGAAAUAUCUAUUCGUCAUAUCCUAUACACUGACGUCACCCCCAAUAAUGUAAGGGAUGCAACAGAAGUCGCAAGCAUAUUAGGCCUUGACGAGAGGGAAGUUUUGAGAAUAAUUGUACAAACUUGCAGAAAGUUCCCAGAGAAAGUGUUUCAAGAUGAAAGCCAUAACUUAAACUCCAUCCCUGCUGAAAGCUCAGAAAAAUCAUAUCGUAGUCAAAGACUAGUAUUCUAUUGUGACUCUGUCUUGAAUGAACGGCGCAUUGUGGCUUACAUUUGUCUUUAUAUGAUAAGCAACAGAAACCCAACAAGUGAGGAUAAGAUAGAUCUAUUUAAUGAUGCGGUUGAUUCCACGGACUAUGCAAUAAAACGUAUUGAUGCGAUAGAGAAUCUUAUGAGAAAUUUAGUGGAUUACUCGCAUCACGCUGGUUUAUCAGAAGAGCUUCAUUCAAUGCUACUCAAUGACAAUAUUUUGUUCACGAUAAUAUCCUUCAAAAUUCUAAUCCAUUUUUUUGACGUAAUCCCCAAAUACGACAAACAGGUUGUCCGAAGGUGGUUUGAAGUCAUGGAAUAUUUUAAGCAUGCUAAUGAAUUGGCCCCAUAUAUUAAAGACAAAGAACACCUAAUAAUGAUAAAAGCUUAUACUUCGUGCAUUUCAUUUCAAAUGUUGGUUGGAACUAAGAGUGAAUUUUUGGACCUGAAUAGUUAUUUCUAUGAUAUGAAAUUAAUUAGAGAAUUCAACUUGACUAUCACUAACCUGUUGAACUCCGAUGCGAUUUUGGAGUACACUUGGCUCACAGUUUUGCAGAAAAAAAUUUCUUUACUACAGAGUUCUGAAAGUACAACAAGCAAAGCUAAUGACAAUGAGAAUUGUACUAUGGCUGACUACCUUAAAGACUCACAAGUCUCCCUUACGAAGAGGCAACUGGAAUUUAAUCUAUUUGAGGAAUUGCAAAAGGUGCAAAAAUACGUGUGUGGUGAUCACCUUCUUGAAGAAAUAGCAGGUUUAAUUCUAGAUAAUGCUUUAUCAGUGAUCAAGAUCAAUCUGACGACAUCUUAUUAUCUCAAGGAAAUUCCGUAUCAAGACCUUAAAGAUGAUCUAUACGGUCUAUAUUGCAAUGCCAUUUUCAAGGAUGCGCUGUCGAUAGCAAGGGAGAAGUUCCCAAUACUGAUAGCGACAUAUGUGAACUUAAGUACCAUUGGCUACAGCUUUUACUUAAGCACUAUCAAUUUGAAUCUUUCUUUGGAUUUUUCCUUGUAUGAUAUCAAGGAGAUGAAAACUUAUGCCACAAUUUUUGAAAGAUCUAUUUUUUCAAAGUUUUUUGAAGUCAAUGACAAGGAUUCCUCUGUGAUAUCUUUGAAAGACUCAAUUGACGUACACCCUCCUUAUGAGACUAAUAAAGAACUUUCAUUUCGAUUCGAAAAAGGAUCAAGGGCCACUCACUUCCCUUUAGCCACCGGUGAUAUGGUGGUGUUUGCCCACAAGUAUAACGGCUGGGUUUUUCUUGGGAGGACACUCGAAAACUUAACGAAUGACUUUGAUAAUUGGGACCAAGUUAAAGUUGAAGUUAUAUUAAGUAUAUUAGGAGCUAUGAAGGUAAAUAUAGGAGGGCUCGAGACUUCACAAAUUCCCGGAUUAAUCAGUUCGAUGUCAAGAAAUUUGAAUGCCUCAGAUAUCUUGGAUGUCUUAUUCGACCUUUGGGAGAAAGCUUUGGUACGAAAAAACGUAGAUAUUUGCAAAACAAUAGUUAUGAUAUUUCUUCUCUAUUCUCGUGCCUUUGACUUCGAAAGGAUUUGGUCGUUUUUGUUAGAGUCUUCCUUACUCUCAGAUGAAGUCCAAGAAGGAUCUGCAUUAUCCAUUUUGACGUUAAUAGAGGGGAAACAGGGAGAGUAUGAAUUCACCUUCGAUUUGCUAUAUUUUUUGGGAGAUUUAAUGAGUGGCAAAGAGCUUGGCACAAGGAGUAGGGUUGUCUCCAAAAUUCUUAACUAUUCUAUUGCUGUCUAUCAAAACUUGGAUACUUUACACUUCAGUCAUAAUUAUGGAAAAAUGAAUAUGCUUUGGUGGAUAGUUUGGGGAUUCGAUAUAUUCAUAGAUCUGAGUUACAAGUUGGUGGAUGAUACAUCGACAGAAUCUAGCAUGAUUGAAGAUACUUAUUUGUUGGGUUCAGAAAUCAUCGAAAAAUAUUUUUUAACAAGUAGUAAGAAUUCAACGGACAUAACUUCGCCAAUUAUGUCCUUACUUGAUUCUUUCAACCAGAACGCUAAAGACUUAGAUAACAUUCCAGGUAUCAUGUCUAUUCACAAUAUGUCUAUAAUUCUACUUUUCUAUAGACGUUUGAUAUCGAUAAGAUCGUUGAAAGACAUGGAACCGUCGGCAUUGGAAAGAGCUUUCUUUGAAAAACUUCCCACCUUAGUUCUGUUGUAUGCGAGAAGAGUGAGCUGUCGAAUCGAUAUCUUGUAUUUGCUUAUAUCCUUAUUAAGUAGUAACUGGAAAGAAAAUGAAAGGCCAUCAAUGUUGAACCACUUGGGUCCCUUCUAUUCAUUAGUUUUACUAAAUUCAUUAGCAAGUGAUUUGGAAGAUCCUUUUGUUUCUCAUGAACAAAAAAUAGCAAUUUAUACUUUUGUUUCUUCAGUGUUUGAAAUAAAGAAGGACGACCUCGAAAUCUUAUUUGAAGGAAAGGGAAAUUUAGAGAAACUUGUUGAAUAUCUGAGGUUUAAAAAUAGUGUUUCUUUUCCUGAUAUAUUAGAAAGACGGUUAGAUGACAUCAGAACCGAUCCGUACCUGGUCAGUUUUUGCCUAAUGGAUGCCAUAUCACACUGUGCGGAUUCAUGGCUCAAGGUUAACGGGAAAGUCUUUGACUUAAUGAAGAAAAUCUUAUUCGCAUUAAACUAUGUGGACUCAAAAGUUGAGGAUGUAAACAUUCUUUCUCGAAUAAGAUUAAGGGGUCAAUUGUUACAGGUUUUGGCAUUUUUCUUGACCAAAACUGAAAACUAUUCUCAUCAAAAAGCUAUAGUCUACCUUUUGAAAUCCGAUGAAAUACUUCCAAGAUUGCAAUGGGGCGUGGAGAGCCAUGAAAUAGUUGGAGAUAUCUACAUGGAUUCUUCAAAGAAAAGAUUCUAUCAAGAUGAGAAGUUUCCUCCAUUUUUGUAUAAAAAGACGUAUGACAUUUUUGAUGACAAUAGUUAUGAAAAUGCCCGACUAUACGAAACCAGAGCAACUGAGACACUAUUGGCUAUCUUGGAUGAAAAAUGA